UUACGCGGUGAAUAAGCGGCUGCAUUCGCUCCCAUUCAUUGUGCUUACCGGACCCGGAUAUAUUUUGACGUGUGUGUAUGCAUGGAAAGUGUGUUUCCGGUAUAACGUGUGUGUUGAUCGGUGCUCAGCCUUUUUCUCUUGGCUUUCAGUAGAACAGUCAUUCACUACAGAGUCCAAGCUCCCUCACCUGCUCACCCGUUAACGGCGUUAUAUCUUAAACCAGUGGACAUGGCAUCUGUUUUGGCACCAGCUCAGGCUGCAGCAGCUCCAGCUGCUUCCCUGCAAAGAGGAAUUGUGAAAAUGGUCUUGUCGGGCUGUGCCAUCAUUGUUCGGGGCCAGCCUCGAGGUGGCCCCCCCCCAGAGCGUCAGAUCAAUCUCAGUAAUAUCCGAGCGGGGGCCAUGGCCCGUCGAGCCGCUCAGGCCCAGCCCGACAGCAAGGACACCCCCGAUGAGCCUUAUGCCUUUCAAGCCAGAGAGUUCCUGCGGAAGAAGCUUAUCGGCAAAGAAGUGUGCUUCACUGUGGAAAUCAAGACCGCUUUGGGCAGGGAGUACGGCAUAGUCUACCUGGGGCGAGACACAACUGGCGAGAACCUUGCUGACAGUCUGGUGAACGAGGGCCUUGCCACAGUCCGCAGGGAAGGAAUCAGAGGGAACAAUCCAGACCAGGCCAGACUCUGUGAAUUGGAGGACCAGUCCAGGGCUUCUAAGAAGGGCUUGUGGAGCGAGGGCGGCGGCAUUCAAUCUGUUCGCGACCUCAAAUACACCAUAGAGAAUCCCCGCAACUUUGUUGACUCCUUGCACCAGAAACCUAUCAACGCCAUCAUCGAGCAUGUGCGUGACGGCAGCGUUGUUCGCGCCUUGCUGCUCCCCGACUACUACCUGGUCACCGUCAUGCUGUCUGGAGUUAAGUGUCCCACAAUCAAGCGGGAAGCGGAUGGUACGGAGUUUCCAGAGUCAUUUGCAGCAGAAGCCAAAUUCUUCACCGAAUCCCGACUUCUGCAGAGAGACGUUCAGAUCAUCCUGGAGAGCUGCCCCAACCAGAUCAUACUGGGCACCAUUAUGCAUCCGAAUGGAAACAUUACAGAACUCCUACUGAACGAAGGGUUCGCCCGCUGUGUGGACUGGUCCAUGGCCGUCUACACCCAGGGAGCCGAUAAACUACGUUCUGCUGAAAAAUCUGCUAAAGAGCGCAAGGUCCGCAUCUGGAAGGACUACGUGGCACCCACAGCCAACAUGGACCAGAAGGACAGGCAGUUUGUCGCCAAGGUGAUGCAGGUGCUCAACGCUGAUGCCAUGGUGGUGAAGCUCAACUCUGGAGAACUCAAGACCAUCCACCUGUCCAGCAUUCGGCCCCCCAGAAUUGAGGGAGAGGAGAAGAACAAGGACAAAGACAAACGUUUCCGUCCGCUCUACGACAUCCCCUACAUGUUCGAGGCCCGGGAGUUCCUGAGGAAGAAGAUCAUUGGUAAAAAGGUCAAUGUGACAGUUGAUUACAUCAGAGCAGCUACCGGCCCAGGAGAAAGCACCCCCGCAUUCUCAGAACGCACCUGUGCUACAGUCACUAUUGGCGGCAUUAACAUAGCGGAGGCUCUGGUCAGUAAAGGCCUGGCCACAUGCAUCAGAUACAGGCAGGAUGACGACCAGCGCUCCUCCCACUACGACGAGCUGCUUGCCGCAGAGGCUCGGGCCAUCAAGAACGGGAAAGGGCUGCACAGCAAGAAGGAGGCUCCCAUCCACAGAGUGGCUGAUAUCUCUGGGGAUACACAGAAAGCCAAGCAGUUCCUGCCCUUCCUGCAGAGGGCCGGCCGCUCAGAAGCUGUGGUAGAGUACGUGUUCAGUGGCUCCCGCCUCAAGCUGUACAUGCCCAAAGAAACCUGCCUCAUCACCUUCCUCCUUGCCGGUAUCGAAUGCCCACGCAGUUCCAGGAAUAUGCCCGGGGGGACGCAGGUGGCUGAACCCUUCAGUGAAGAAGCCAUGCUGUUCACCAAAGAGCUGGUGCUGCAGAGAGAGGUGGAAGUUGAAGUGGAGAGCAUGGACAAAGCCGGAAACUUCAUUGGCUGGCUGCACAUCGAGGGUUUGAAUCUGUCAAUUGCACUGGUAGAAGGCGCUCUGUCCAAGAUUCACUUCACAGCCGAGCGCAGCAACUACUACAAAACCCUGCUCUCAGCAGAGGAGGCCUGCAGAGAGAGGAAAGAGAAGAUCUGGGCCAAUUACGAGGAGAAACCAGUGGAGGAGGUUGUGUAUGUAACAGAAGAAAAAGAACGAGUGGCCAACUACAGACCAGUAUUUGUCACGGAAAUCUGCGACACCCUGCACUUCUACACCCAGGACGUAGAGACAGGGAGCCAGUUGGAGAGUCUGAUGGAGACCAUGAGAGCAGAGAUCGCCGCCCAGCCGCCCGUGGAGGGGUCCUACGCCCCCCGCCGGGGGGAUUACUGCAUAGCCAAGUUUGCUGAUGACGAGUGGUACAGAGCCAGAGUGGAGAAAGUUGAGUCACCGGCAAAGGUUCAUGUCUUCUACAUUGACUACGGCAACAGAGAAGUUGUGUCAUCCACUCGUCUGGCUGCCAUCCCCCCCGCCUUCAGCACCCGGACCCUGCCCGCACAGGCCACCGAGCACGCCCUCGCCUACAUCCAGGUCCCGUUGGACGAGGAUGUCCGUGCGGACGUGGUGGACUGCGUUGUGCGGGACAUCCAGAACAGCCAGUGCCUGAUGAACGUGGAGUACACGGGUGCCAGCUGCCCACAUGUCACCAUACAGUUCGGAGACACUAAGGACGAUGUGGGCCUGGGCCUGGUCAAGGAGGGCAUGGUCAUGGUGGACGUCCGCAAGGAGAAGCACCUGAAGAAGAUGGUGACAGAGUACCUGAACAGUCAAGAAUCUGCCAAGAGUGCCCGGCUCAACAUCUGGCGCUACGGGGACUUCCGUGCGGACGAUGCCGAUGAGUUCGGGUACAGGCGUUAAAAAGAAAAAACGGGGGAUAAAAAAAAAAAUAUCGACCAUCCAAUCAACACCAUUCCAAAGACCACCAUGGACGGCACACAUUGGACAGAAGACAGAUGACUAAACGACAAGCAUUGACUCAAUCUUCCUUCUUUAUUUGACAUGUCAUCCCUCCAGUCCUGACUUCUCUUCUGCUCUUGUUUUCUCCCCUGUAGCUCCACAUAGAGCAUGCUAGCAAUGCUACAUCUAAAAGUAACUCGUGCAAGAAUCCCUUUCCCCUCAUCCCUUUGUUCCUAAUGGCCCACUGCCAGCUCAAGCAGCCUGCACUAUUGCCAAUCUGUGUUAUUUGCCAUGUUACCUUUUCAGCUGACUUACUGUGUGAUUGAUAAUAAUUAUUAUACUUAAGUGUUUCAGCCAAUCACUUCCCUUGCUCUCUGACUCCUGCCCAGGCCCCGUUUCCUCUGCACAGGAAGGGGCCGGGUGCUCGCUUGAUUUGUUCGCAAACAAAUGCUUCCCUAAUGAAUUUCAUGUAAAUGUGAGGAUAUGUUGAAAAGUGUAAAUGGUUUAUUUUAGAGAAAUACUGUAGGUGGAGCCACACAGACAAAAAAAAAAAGGAUAAGUUUAUUUUGUCUUCAAUGUAUAUCUGUGUGAUGAUAUUUGCGGAUGUUUUUGUGGGGAGUGUUUUGUCGUUUAUUCACUAUGUCACGAUUUUAAUGACCAGUAAAAAAGGAAUGCCAUCACGAGGCAUUUGUAUCAUCUCUCGCUCUCCUUCUGUAAAGUUUACAUUCUGAUAAUGCUUAUGAUCCUGUCUCUUCUCUUUCUGUCUCGGAUAGCCACAGCAGAAAGUGUUUGAAUUUGUUUCCAAUUAAUGGACCUUUGCAUUCUAUUAAAAAUCUGCUGAAUAAAAAUUAGCAAACUUAAAAUGUUAA